UUUUUUCCCUGCUUCUUCUUUGCUGUCUGUGUUCUCUGCAGGACCUCCCCCUUUUUUCUCCUCCUCGGCUUCAGUCUGAGCACAUCCCCGGCUCCUCCAUCCCACACCUUCCCUCAACCGCAAAGCUGCUGUGACUGGAAAGCCACCGGAAGCUAGAGAAGCUAUAGAGAAGAUAGAGAAGAUAAGAGCCAGGAACGUGGCGUCCAUCUGACGGACUUUUCAAAAACAAAUCUAUCCGUUAUCCAGUCAACGAAGCCGGAUUGUUUUUGAUUUGUUUGUUUUUUUCAAGCCGAGCAUGAAAAGGAUUGCCAGGAUUGCCAAAUUAUCCGCAAUCCAGUUUUGUCGCCGAGCACCGGAUGCUCCAGCAGAAGUUGUUGGCCACGCAAGUCACACGGCCGAGAGGAGGGGAGAGUUAGAUUUAGGUCUCCGCAUAAUGGAGCGAGAAUGAACAGAGAGCGGCUGAAAAAAAAGCAUGAACUGGAGGUUUAUUGAGGUCAUCUGCUUCCUGUUUAUAUGGGACCAUAUAACAGUUCAGUCUUCCCGCCAGGACCCGUUGGCCACUGAGCAACAUGUCGCCAAGCAGUAUGACUGGCUCAUCUCCGACCGUGGACCGUUCCACCACUCACGCAGUUAUCUGUCCUUUGUGGAUAGAUUCCGCCAAGGAUUCACGACCAGAUAUAAAAUUUAUAGGGAAUUUGCACGUUGGAAGGUGAGGAACACGGCCAUCGAGAGGCGGGACCUGAUCCGGAACCCGGUGCCGUUGAUGCCCGAGUUCCAGCGGAGUGUACGCCUGCUGGGCCGCAGACCAACCACUCAGCAGUUCAUUCACACCAUCAUUAAAAAAUAUGGAACCCACAUUCUCAUCUCGGCCACUCUGGGAGGAGAGGAGGCGCUGACGAUGUACCUGGCCAAAAACAAGCUGGACAGGAAGCUGGCCAACGCCACUCAAAAUGUGGAAGCCCUCCACCAGCUGGCCUCCUCCUACUUCAUUGACCGUGACGGCACCAUGAGGAAGCUGCACGAGAUCCAGAUCUCUACCAAUGCUAUCAAGGUGACGGAGACACGGACAGGGCCGCUGGGAUGCAGCAGCUACGACAAUCUCGAUUCGGUGAGCUCCAUCCUUCUGCAGAGCCCAGAGAGCAAGCUUCAUCUGCAAGGUCUUCAGGUGAUUUUCCCAGAGUACCUGCAGGAGAAGUUCGUCCAGUCGGCUCUGAGCUACAUAAUGUGUAACGGAGAAGGGGAGUACCUGUGCCGGAACAACCAGUGCAUCUGUCAAUGUGCCGAGGAGUAUCCUCAGUGCAACUGUCCCAUCACCGACAUCCAGAUCAUGGAGAACAUGCUGCUGGGGAUGGCAGAAUCCUGGGCGGCCUCCUACAAGGACUUUGAGAACUCUGAUGAGUUCAAGUCCUUCCUAAAGAGGCUGCCCUCCACUCACUUCCUGCCCAUCAACAGCGUUCACCUGCUCUGGGGAAGCGACUGGGACCUGCAGGCUCGCUACAGGCUGCUGCAGAGCUCCCUAGAGGUGCAGCGGCUGAAGAUCCAGCGCACUGCCCGCAAGCUCUUUGGCCUCAGCAUCCGCUGUCACCACAAUCCCAACCACCAGACGCCAAGGGAGAGGUCCGUGAUGCAGUGGCUCAACAGGGUUCAGUCCUUCCUCUACUGCAACGAGAACGGCUUUUGGGGAACUUUCCUGGAGAGUCAAAGGACAUGCGUGUGUCAUACGGGCGUCACCCUGUGCCAGCGCCCAAUCCCUUGCGUGAUCGGGGGCAACAACAGCUGCGCCAUGUGCAGCUUGGCCAACAUCUCCCAGUGCGGUUCCUGCAACAAGGGCUACAAGAUGUACCGCGGUCGCUGCGAACCACAGAAUGUGGACUCGGAGCGAAGUGAGCAGUUCAUCAGCUUCGAAACAGAUCUGGACUUUCAGGAUCUGGAGUUGAAGUACCUGCUGCAGAAAAUGGAUUCACGCUUGUACAUUCAUACCACGUUCAUCAGUAACGAGAUCCGCCUGGAGACCUUCUUUGACCCGAGGUGGCGCAAGCGUAUGUCCCUGACGCUGAAAAGUAACAAAAACCGUAUGGACUACCUUCACAUGAUCAUCGGCCUCUCCAUGAAGAUCUGCCAGAUGCGGAACAGCAGCAUCGACCCCAUGUUCUUUGUCUACGUCAACCCUUUUAGUGGAAGCCACUCAGAAGGCUGGAGCAUGCCCUUCGGCGAACACGGCUACCCGCGUUGGGAAAAGGUCCGCCUGCAGAACUCCCAGUGCUUCAACUGGACCCUCUUGCUGGGAAACCGUUGGAAAACCUUCUUCGAGACCGUGCACAUCUACUUAAGAAGCCGAGCCAAGAUCCCCACAGGCCUCCGCAACGACACAGGUCCGGUAGAUCUAGCGGAUCCAAACAAGCGGCAGAUCUACAUCAAAAUAUCCGACAUCCAAGUAUUUGGUUACAGCCUGCGUUUCAACGCCGAUUUGCUGCGCAGCGCCGUGCAGCAGGUCAACCAAUCGUACACGCAAGGAAGUCAAUUCUACUCCUCGUCAUCCGUUAUGCUCCUGUUACUGGACAUACGGGAUCGCAUUAACCGUCUAGCCCCUCCAUCUGCGCCUGGCAAACCCCAACUGGACCUCUUUUCUUGUAUGUUGAAGCAUCGGCUCAAGCUGACGAACAGUGAGAUGAUCAGAGUCAAUCAUGCCUUGGACAUGUACAGCACAGAGAUCCUAAAACAAUCAGAUCACCUCACUGCUAAGCUGUGUUGAUCGCUUUGAACAAAACAAACCAGAAACACAUCGCAACCUGACUUUCCGGGGUGGGCGUUUAUUUUUUCUUUUGGCGGAUUCCCUUUUUUUGGACCUUUUCUGCUUUUUUUUUUGAUGUAACGCAAACUUUGUAAGCAUAUUACUUCAAAACGACAAAAAAAAAGAUGAUGAAAAGUGUUCCGAUAUGUUUAAGAGACGAUAUCCGGAACUAAUAUAAGGACUGUAACAUAUUUGUCCAAGCAUGUCUGUCAUUCCCUUAAAGAACUUUUGUGUCAGAUUAAAAAAAAAAAAAACAAGAAAAAAAAUGUUGAUUCUAUAUGUACUGGUGAAAAAGAGGCCUUGAUUUUUCCCCCUGAGGGAUCAAAGGUUAUACUCGAUCUGAAACUGCCAUUCUUCUUUGAAACAUUUUUAACGGGGAGACAAGGGCAGACCGGAUAUCCUUUUCAUUCAGAAAUUAUGUCAUCACGCUAAAUAACUGGCGAUGAUUUAAUAUUAAAAAGAAAGUAUGUUUCUAAGGAUGAACCAGACCGUGAGUGAAGCCAACACAUUUAUUAUGGAGUCCUUAUUACAUUUCGGCGAUGCUCUUUUUUGCCAGUUAUGAGGUACUCCAUCAUUGUUCCGACAUGUAACGCACACACAGCCGGCCGCUAAUAGAUAGUCACGUCAAAGAACGGAAGCCAGCUGUUUAUAUAUACAUAUACACUAUAUGUGGGUGGAUGUCUGCGCAUUGCUUUUUUUUUUUUUUUUUUUUGCUUGUACUGUUAAACGAAUGUGUCAUUUGAAGAUCAAUCGAAUUUUUUAAAAAAUUCUAAAAGCUUCUUACGUGUUUUUUUUUUUGUUUUUGUUUUUUUAAUUUAUGUUGUUUCACAAGGCGGUACGUCCUGGUGCACAAUGUCGUGGUCUCUAAAGAUUUAACAAUCAACGCUAUUUUGUACUGCUUUGCAUAAAACAAAACAACAACAAAAAAAAUGGUACAUGUUGUGACUGCUGGUUUGUGGAGCUUUUUUUUUUUUUUUUUCGGAGGCACCAAAAUGUAAACAUUCAUUGUUCAGGCACAUUUAUAAAAAGCCAUAUUUCCCAUCCCCGAAACAGACGUACAGUUAGACAUAACGUACCAUAAAUGCUCUAAUUCUCUCUAAUUCUUUACUUAAACCCUAAUGAGGACGACCCCUUCAGGUGAUAAUUGGCUGAGUGUUACACACACAAACAUAAUAACUGCCCACAAUCGUAAUACAAAUCUGCAGCUUUGACUGUAAUAAUCCCGCAAAUGUAAUAAAUUUCCCACAAUAAAUUUGCCUACUACAAACGUAAUACUGAAUUAUUAUAUAUGUGGGAAAGUAAAAAAUGUGUAAAUGUAAUAACUUCCCACAAAUGUAAUAUGAGACAAAAUAAUGAUCUUUGUGGUUGUUGUUGUUGUUUGUUCUUUCUUCUUUUCAUUUUCAUUUUCAUUUUGAGGAUUUUAACAAGAUAAUUAUUUUUUUGUGGAAAAAAUAUUCAAAGAGUAUCAUUUGAAUGCAUUAAAAUAAUCUUUUAUUAUUACAUUAUAAUGUAUUUUAAAUUUAAAAAAAUAACAUAAUUGUGAUGAUUGCAAUUGUUUUAAUAAAAUUAUUAUUACUAUUAUUAUUAUUAUUAUUAUUAAUAUAUUUUAUUAUUUCUUUUGGUUAUUUCUUCCCCAUAUACACACAAAAUCACACAUAUAAUAAUAUACUGUAACUAAAACGCACAUGUACGCCCACAAACAAAAUGUAAUAAUUUCCUGUAAAUGUAAUAUUUAUUACAUUUGCAGGAAAUUCAGUAUGACGUUUGCAGUGGGCAAAUUUUAUUACGUUUAUGGGAAAUUAAUUACAUUUGCUGGAUUAUUACAUUCAAAGCUGCAGAUUUGUAUUACGUUUGUGGUUUAUUACGUUUGCGGGUGUAACAAGGAGUUAAGACAAUUCUGAUUUAUUAAGUUAAAAAAAGUAGCUAUCUUUGACUACAUGGUUAAUGAUCAUGUACACUGGACAACACAGGAGCAACAGAACCAAUGUUGUACUCGUGAUACGGAGCAAACUGCUCAGCUAGUAUUAAUACUAGUUGCUGUACACAGCAGUAUGACAAGUGUAGCACCGACAGCUCAGUUGUCCAACCAUCUCUUUAAAGCGCAUACAGAGGUAGAUAAAUAUUCAUGAUGCUUCAAAGGCAGCUUUUGCUAAAUUAUGGAGUGUCAUCAGGAGAUACAACCUUGCGCUAUUUCUUUAACCUUGGAAGUUUAACGAGUUAAAGGCGUUUGUGGAGCAUUUAUGGUAUUCAAACAUUUCAUUUCCAUAAUACGGAACAUGACAAUGAUGUUGGAUUUGAGUUGCUUUUUGGUUGCUUUGAAGAAAUCUAAAGAGAGCACAGCAAAACAGCAAUUAUUGUAUGUCGGAAAGUCACUGAAUUUGUAUGUUGUGCUGCAAAAAAAAAAUAUUUUAAAAGAAAAUAUAUCAUAGAAAUAUGAAAGUUUAAAACUAUAUUUUAAUCUGCAAUCUUUCCACAACCAUUUUUUAAAUUUUUUUAUUGAAACACUACCUAUUCCAUGUUUGUUGUUGUGUCGGUCACCUUUUAGUUGUUGUCCUGAUGCUACAGCAUUGGCAUUCCAAGUGACUGUGUAUAUAAUGUCAUUUCUAAUACGGUUCCUCUAUCCCAUGUCUUUAACGGCACCAUAAAAGUCCUUUCACUGUAAAAGACGCCAGCCGAGUUGCAAAAUUCUAAAUUCAGCAUUUUCUUGUGGUUUUGGCCUAUAAAGCUCUACUGUAUA